AUGAGCUAUCAGCAGCUUCAACAUAUAGGAAUUAUUGGUGCAGGGGCGUCAGGACUCUCUUCAGCAAAAGCUCUUAUUGCGGAAAAAUGCUUCCAAUCUAUUGAGAUACUCGAGCAACGGAUGGAGACGGGAGGAGUUUGGAACUACACCAGAGAGACUGCCAAUGUAUCAGUUCCUUCUACUGAUCCUAGUAUUGUCGAGGAGGCGGUAAUCAGCGCGGGAAAGCCUGUGUUUAUCUCGGCAAUGUACGACGACUUGGAAACCAAUAUUCCCAAGCAGUUGAUGAAUUUUGAUACGCACCCAUUUCCCGCCAACUUGCCUCUAUUUCCUCCUCAUACCGCUGUGAAGGAAUACAUCGAAGAAUAUGGCAAGGACGUCCAGCACCUUAUCACUUUCAACGCUAAAGUGGUAGAUUGUCGAAAGAAAGGAACGAAAUGGGAAGUUUUGGUAAACGAUCCACAGACUGGUCAAUUACAAGGAAAGCGUUAUUAUGACGCUAUAAUCAUAACUGUAGGACAUUAUAACAUUCCUUAUAUACCAUCUGUGCCCGGCCUAGAUGAAUGGACAAAGGCAUAUCCAGGUUCAAUUUCGCAUUCGAAGAAUUUUAGGAAGGCCAACUCUUAUAUUGGGAAGAAAGUAGUUAUAGUAGGAAACUCUGCAAGCGGUCUCGACAUAGCUGCUCAGAUAAGUCGAUUUAGCCAGUCUCCCAUCCUUCAAUCAUGCCGGGGGGAGUCAGGUCUCUUUGCGGGUGACACUCAAGAUGCGAUUUGCAAGUUACCAGAGAUCCAGUCUUUCUCAAUUCCCGAGAGAUCUGUAGAAUUCUGCGACGGGAGAAUAGAAAAAAAUGUGGACCAUAUAUUAUAUUGCACGGGAUAUCUUCAUUCACUUCCUUUCCUCUCAUCACUAAACGAAACAAAGGACCCACUAAUAGUGAAUGGAUCCCGUGUUCAUAAUCUAUACCAGCAUAUUUUUUACAUCCCAGACCCAACACUUAGUAUUAUCGGGCUCCCAGUAAAGGUGAUCCCCUUUCAACUAGCUCAGGCAGCAGCAGCAUUAGUUGCAAGAGUUUGGGCCAGUCGGAUUAUCCUACCUUCUAUGGCUGAAAUGAAACACUGGGAGCUGCGGGAGAUUGCCGAAAAGGGAGAUGGAAAACAUUUUCAUUACAUGGACUUUCCCAGAGAUGCGGACUACCUCGAUCUUUUAGGAUACAUGUGUCAACAAGCCAAAGGCGAAGGAAAUACCGAGAUUGGAUUUAAGGCGCCAAAGUGGGGAGAAAGGGAAAGAUGGGUUAGAGCUAGAACCCAUCGAAUUAAAAACGCCUAUCUGGAGAGGAAAAAGCAAGGUGUAGUUGUGCGCAAGUUGGAGGAAUUAGGGUUCGACUUUGAGAAAGGGAUCGAUGGGUAUGAAAGAUCUGAGUCUCACCGAGUAGGGAAACUUUAG